AUGAAAUUUGUAGUACUGUUUGCACUAGUAUUGGCAACCGUCUCAGCGGUUCCACCGUUCCUUCGCAAGAACGGAUUCUUUCCCGAUGGAAGAAUCGUCGGAGGUUCCGAUAUUCCUAUUGAACAGGUCCCAUGGCAAGUUUCUUUGCAAUAUAAUGAUAAACACUGGUGCGGUGGUUCUAUAAUUAGCGAAAACUACGUUGUCACUGCUGGCCAUUGCACUUACGGACUUACAGAAGAUGACAUUUCCAUUCGUGCAGGAACUUCCAUUCGAGAAUCAGGAGGCCAAGAAGUCAAAAUUGCGAAAAUCCACCAGCAUGAUAAGUUUGAUUCCAUUACUGUCGAUUACGAUAUCACCAUUUUGGAACUGGCCACUCCUUUGGAACUGUCAGAUAAGGUAGCUCCUGUUAAGUUGMCAGAAAAUGAACAGGUCUGGCCUGAUGAUACAGAAGUUUUUGUAAGUGGCUGGGGAACUACCGAAGAAGGUUCAGAUAUUCUUCCCUCGGCUCUGCAAGGAGUUACUAUACAAAUCGUCUCGUACACUACGUGCAGAGAAGCUUACGGUGAAGAUACUAUAACUGCACGCAUGUUGUGUGCUGGAGUGAAUGGUGGAGGUAAAGACUCCUGCCAAGGAGAUUCUGGUGGUCCAUUGGUCGUGGAUGAUGUUCUUGGGGGAAUUGUUUCGUGGGGGGCAGGAUGUGCUCGCCCUAAUUUUCCAGGAGUUUAUUCAAACGUAGCUGUGCUUCGUGAUUUUAUCACCGAAGUAACAGGAUUGUAAAUUUAUGGCUUUGUCAUUAAAAAAAAAAGUACUUUUUUAAUACCCCUGAACAGUCGAGUACUAAACACUUUGUUAAUGAAUAGAAAAUAUUUAAUUACUUGUAAAAGUUUUUUCAGCACAUUUAAAAGGGCACCAAAUUAAAUGCACAGUAUAUUAUUUAAAAUGUCAAGUAUUUUUGAUCAGUAAAAAUAAUAAAUGCAUAGUAAA